CGAUCAUAGAAGAACGCGAGUCUAUCGCCAAAGCUUUGAACUCAAUACGCGAAGCUGGAGGCAAAGGUGUGAAAGCUGGACUAGAUGCAGCUGCAACUGGUUUCGACAUCUUCCUCGUCGUGCCCAAGUUUGGAAGAAACGUAUUGGUCAGUUCGGCCAACGCCGCUUCAUCUGGGCAGACCGAAAUCAAAGAACAUCGACGCCGCAACAUUCCGCGGUUUAAUCGAGGUUGGCUCAGAUGGGGCAGCUACUGACAACAGGAAGGGAAACAAAGGAUUUGGUGAUGCAUUGGUAUUUGGUGGAGACGAUGGCGAUGGCGAUGGCAUUAAAAUCGAUGGACCAAAAAUUUCUGGCUCUGUUGGGAAAGGGACCGCAGAGAUAGAGGCAAAACAAGAUACUGAGGACAAAGUCAUCGACGAGAAGUGGAGGCCAUUCUACGAUCCCGAUAACAAGAACAUAUUCGGGCAAACAUUUCCGGCACCUGAGGAAGUUCCGAAGAUCCCAAAACGUCCUGGAAUGAACUUCCCAGAACCAGAACCCGAAAGACCAAUAACUGGUGGACACGGUGGACAUGGAAGCAAUGGUGGAUUCGAGUUUCCGUCUGUAAAGACAGAUGCCCCCGUCAACGGAGGACAUGGUGGAAACGGUGGAUUCGAGCAGCAAACACAGGGACACGGUGGCCACUCCGGAAACGGUGGAUUCGAGCAGCAAACUCAAGGACAUGGCGGACAUGCUGGAAACGGUGGCUUCGAGCAGCAAACUCAAGGAUACGCUGGAAACGGCGGGUUUGAGGUCACUGAGAGCUGGAUCAACGGUGGACACUCCGGAAACGGUGGAUUUGAACAGCAAACUCAAGGCCAUGGCGGACACGCUGGAAACGGCGGAUUUGAAGUGACUGAGAGCUGGAACGACGGUGGACACUCCGGAAAUGGUGGAUUCGAGCAGCAAACUCAAGGCCAUGGCGGACACGCUGGAAACGAUGGAUUCGAGCAGCAAACUCAAGGACACGCUGGAAACGGCGGAUUUGAAGUGACUGAGAGCUGGAACAACGGUGGACACUCCGGAAACGGUGGCUUCGAGCAACAAACUCAAGGACACGGUGGACAUGCUGGAAACGGCGGAUUUGAAGUGACUGAGAGCUGGAACAACGGUGGAUACGCUGGAAACGGUGGAUUUGAAGUAACUGAAAGCUGGAACAACGGUGGACACUUAGGAAACGGAGGAUUUGUACAGGGUGGAGACAAAGACAACAGUUAUGAGCAGACAGAGACCUCAAACGGACACGGUGGACACGGUGGACAUGGUGGAUUUGAUACAACCUAUAAGCCAACGACUCAAAAAUACAACCCCUGCAAUGGCAACAAACACGGCGGAAUCAUUGGCGGAAUUCUCGGCGGCUGGAAAGACAAGCUCCACGGCUGCACGGAAACCAACAACGGUUACGAAGACAAGACAGAGAGCUCGAACGGACACGGUGGACACAAUGGACACAGUGGAUUUGAAACCACCUACAAGCCAACGACUCAAAAAUACAACCCCUGCAACGGCAACAAGCACGGUGGAAUCAUUGUUGGAAUUCUCGGCGGCUGGAAGGACAAGCUUCACGGUUGCACGGAAAGCAACAACGGUUAUGAGGACAAGACCGAGAACUCGAAUGGCCACAAGUUGCCCGGACAUGGUGGAUUCCAACAGCAGACCGAAAGCUCGAAUGGCCAUUACCCGAACAACGGCGGAAACAACGGACACGACGCCAUCAAGGAUUCAGUGGACAAGGCCGUGAAUUCUGUCAAGGAGGCCGGCGAGAAAGUAGUCGAGGCUGGCAAGGACGUCGUCGAGGCCGGAUGGAAGAUCGGACAGAGUCUUCCUGGAAUCGGCAAACACCUCAGCAAGGACCAGGACAGCAAGAAGCAUGGAUCACUGUUCCCAUCACUCUGGGGCCACAAGUACUAGGAAAACUAUCAAAUAUACAUAUACGAGCAAGCGGACUUGCGCUGUAUGUCGUGGUGCAUAUGAAACUGCGCUGUGAGCGCGAUUUCAAUGUUGUAUGAUUUUUCGAAUAAUUUUGAAUAAAGUGAUCAAAUUCUGAUAAA